UUUAACCAAACAUUUAUGGCCUGGACCUUUUAAGCUAAACCUCUUUCACUCAUAUAAAUUCCUAUUUAAAAGUUCUGUUGUCACAGACAAGUUCUUAUAUCGUGAACAGGGUCAGUUGAGGAGGCAGAUCAUGACAGCACAGCAGCAUCAUCAGAUCUUUCAGACGUAAGAGGAGCUACAGGACCAGUACCAUCUCAUCAUUCGAGCUUACCCCCAUCACUGUGGGUCCUUAUGUGCAAUUAGAAAAGAAGGCACUGGGUGAAGAGCACAGCGCUAGUGAACAGGAGGAGGUGAUGUUGGCAGAGACUGCUGUGGGCAGACCCCUGAAAUGAUGGGGACCAACGUCACCAUGCCCUGCUGGGCACAGAGGCGGGAUCUUAUAAGCCAAAAAAAAACAGCAGCAAGAGAUCUGUGCCCACAUAUUGGAGUUCCCUGGGGCAACACAGAAUCAUGGUCUCUGAAUAGUGGAGCACAUUCAGUCCAUAUGCAGCACAUGGCUCAGGGCUUUGAAUGCAUAAGCUGCUCCAUGGAGACUGUGGCCUUGCUUUACGGAGAGCCAUAUACAACAGCACGAAGAGUUCAUGUGACCUACAGAAUGACCCAAUCAGUGGUGCUCAAGGCAGAAAGAGACAUGGGGACUUUAUAUCUCAGCUGGUGCUUCCAUCGAACCAUCCAGAAUGGGACAGUCACCAACAAGGAGGAAUGUACCAAUACCUACCGAGUGCCAUCGUUAUCAUCAGCCACUUUGGUCCUUCUGACAGAAUGAUCAUCUAUGAAACAGGGCUCAGUGAUGGAGACAUUGACACCAGUGCAAGUAUUCUUAUUGACAUCUCUACAAGGAGACAACCACUGUAAACAUUAUAGCUGCAAACAGACAUGGGUAAAUAGGCUGCCCCCAUCACAUCCAAGCCGACACAUAGAGUACUGUGAGUAGUGACCCAGAGUGAAAGCCCCCACAUUACAAUGCAGUGAAUCACACAUCAGGGCUUGUUUCACUUGUAAAUGUACAACUGGUAAUAGAUUAUUAAAAGUGAAAGGUUGAACCAUGAUACUAAACUUUAAUGACAUGAUUGCAAAAGAAGGAAGAUUUAGUGAAAGUAUGUUGUUUCUCAAUGGGACUAUUGAAACUGCUGGAGCUGUACUACAGGCAUUCGCUGUAAAAGUGGAUCUGUUUAAAGUUGCGUGUUCAGUAGAUAUGUUCUCACAGGCAGAUGUAUUCUCACAGGCAAAUAUGUCCUCACUGCAGUCCUGCUGAAUAAGGAGUGCUUGAGUGAGCUUGCCUGGGUCAGUAGUAAUUUGCUGUUAACAGCAUCUUGAUGAGAGCUUUGUCACCUGAUGCAGCCCUGACUACCUCCCUGCUCAAUAGGGGCUCCUUUCUGCUCUGCAUCUUUCUAAACCUCUUCCUUAACCUAUACUGAACUGUGUUGAUCUAAUGCUCCAGCUUCUUCAAGUUCCACGCCCUCCUGGAGUGCUAGCUUACAGAGAAUGUUACUGACUAACACAACGUGUGAGUUUAUUGCAGGACGUCUGGUCCAAAUACUGGAGCCGCAUCUUCAAAUCUUGCAAUGUGAUCAGAUGGCUUCAGUUGUAGCUCCUUUGCAAAUUAGUAUUGGUGUUAGGAAAAGAUAUGGGUAACCAUGGUUCGAGGAAAAUCCCUUGCCUCCUAGAAUCUAUCCAUGAAGUUUUGGUGACAACAUGAAGAGCAGCAGCAUUCUGGAUUAUUGGAGUAUAUGGAGUCAUGGCAGUGUGCAGAAAGUGAGCACAUACUGAAGGAGGCUGUAGUCUUGGCCACAGUCCAGCUGAAUGUUGAGAGAGUGCAAACCCUACAUACUCACAUCUGCCUGCUUAUUUGGAACCCUAAUGACCACAGGGUAUGAGUGAUAUUAUCCUAUAUCUGCCAGGACCCAGUAAAGGAGGUUAUUCCUUCUGCUGCUUCUUCCUGGAUGGCUCUAUCUGUUUGAAAUUGUUUGUACUGUCCAGCUUCCACGAAUAGUAUAUCAGUAACCUGUGGUUUUCACUUCUUGAGCAAUAUUGCUAAUGUUUGGGAUAAACCAGGGUGAAACAAUCUACCUGGAAGCUUAAGAUCCACUCUGGUGACUAAGUAGAAACUUUUUAUUCGCUCUGCUUACCUAAUGACACUUCUGUGCAGAUGGAUCGUGAGUGCUCCUCAGUCAUGAAACCAUUUAUGGGCCCAUCUAAUUGAAUAGUGCAGUAAAUCCCUGCUGUAUUGCCAUCUUCUUCCACUUCAACUGUUCCAUGUUCAUUGUACAACCCAUGUACCCCACAAAAAAAAACAACCAGGCCAUUAAUGAGCUCGCACCAAAUACUUUCACAAAGUUGGCUGGCCUUUCUUAUGAAUCUGGUAGGUUACUGUAUCCCACCUUAGCCAGUGCUGAGCAAAAGCACUGACCAUCAAGAAAGGAAACUGGCUCAAUGGUUGGCAGUUCAAAAUGGUGUGCCCAACCACUUCCAUUCUUAUUCCCAUAUCAGAGUGGAAAUUCUGACCAUGGGGUUGAAAAUUCUUGUCUGGGCAUGGUUGGGAGCACUCAAAAGGCCUUGCAGCAAAAAUGAGUGAGACCUGGAAUCCUUUCAGUUCGUGGUGAUCUGUGAAUGUUUAGAAGCUUGUUGAUUUGGGGGUACUCUGCUUACUAAAACUUUGUCCUUAAGCGUCUACACUGUCAGUGAUUGAAGCUUUUUUUUAAAACUUUCACCAUUGGCCAUUCAUGUUUUCUUGUAUUGAAUCACAGAUUAUCUUAUAUCAGCGAGCAUUAAAAUGGAAGACGCUCUACAAACGCUGGAUCCUCAUGGGCCAUUAUUUUUUGUUUGGUUGAAUGAUCAUGGUUCUUUCACUAUUUACUGGUCUCAAGAAUAUUAGUUAUUCACUUCUAACGUGGCCUUUUAUUUUCAUGCUGUUUAAUUUUCUUGCAGUACCUUAGGAGGUCAGCAACCGCCUCCAAAGUAUAGUGUUUUAAAAUGUUCAUAGAGUUCCUACCGUGCAGAAACAGGCCAUUCAGCCCUUUGAGCCCACAUUGACCCUCCAAAGAGCAUCCCAGCCAGACCAACUCCCUACCUUAUCCCUGCAUUUCCCACCCUAGAAACUACAGGCAAUUUAGCACGACCAAUCCACCUAACCUGCACAUCUUUGGACUGUGACAGCACAUGGGGCGAAUAUGCAAACUCUACACAGAUAGUCACCUGAGGUUGGAAUCAAACCCAGGUCCCUGGUACUGUGAGGUAGCAGUGCUAACCACUGAGCCACUGUACUGGCCCACGCUGUAGUCCAGGCUGUUCUUCUGCAAGGUCCAUAUUACACAACCAAAAUUACAACAGAACUAAAGAGCACCUCCCAGAAUUUCUUUAUACGCUUUGAAAAUUCAGGUUACUGUCACUUCCAGCAUUUAAUGCAACAUUUUAGUGAAGAAAUAACAGUUGGAAUGAAAAUCAAAUCUUCCGUAGGACGAUAUAGCGCAGAAAUGUUGAUUCUGCCCUCAUUUCUUCCCUUCUUUCCUAAAGACACUAGCUGGUUGAUCUUAUUUCAAGAGAUGUGCCAGCAUUUAUUGCCCAUGCCUAAUUACCUUGGAGACAGUAGUGAUGAGCUACUUUCUUGAACUGCUGCGGUCUGAGGGUGUAGGGACACUCACAGCACUGUUAGGGAGUUCUGGGAUUUUAACCCUUUUGAUGGUGAAGGAUGAGAAAUAAGGCUAGGUAUGUCCAAGUUGAGAUGCUAAGUGUCUUGGAGGAGAUCUUGCUACCCAGUAAGAACUUGACCCCACCAGUAUUUUAUCCAAGUAGCAAACCGUGAGUUCAGAGGUGUGUUCUCCACUCAGCCUACAUCAUUCCAGAUAAGGCCCUGCAAUAUUAUCUGUGACAAGACAUGUUUUCAAUUUUUCUCUCAUACCAUGACUCUGUUAGUAGCAAGCUUCAGCUCUAUGUCACAGAGCCAGGUGUUUGAGGCCCUUACCAGGCAUAUGAAUGAAGACUUCAGUAUAAUUCUAUUUUCAGUGGAAGGGUUCAACUAAAGAAACCUGAAAGAAAUUUGAAAGAACUGCAGACGCUGUACAACUGAAACAAAAACAGAAGCUGCUGGAAAAGUUCAAUAGGUUUGGUUUCAUCUGUGAAUAGAAAUCAGAUGAUAAUGUUUUGGGUCCAGUGAUCCUUCCUCAGAACUCAGUUCCAGCAACUUCUGUUUUUGACAAGAGGCUGAGUUCCAAUUUGCCUUCGUUUAAUAUUUACCCAACUGAAAACACAUUGGUACCAUUGCUGUGAUACUAGAAAUGGCCAUGUGGAGUAGCGAUGUAAUAAGCAACUUUAAAACUGAUGCUGGUCAUGGCCCAGUUAUGAUUUGGGAAAUUAUUCAUCCUGUCUUCUGAGAUAGAAGCUGUAAUUAUGUUGCUUCAAUUGGCAUACAUUUUAUUCUAGAUUUUGAGAUAUUGGUGGACUGGAAUAGUUAUUAGUCAAAAUAAUGGGACAAACUGCGAAGAGAGCUACAAUUGUUAAAAAGUGGAUUAUCUAUGCUUUUUGCCUUUUAUCAUAUUCAAAUUGACUAAUCCUAAUGGCAGUGAAAGUUGGUGUGUUUCUAUAAACAGGGAACCACUAACAUUUCAUGAAAAUUAAAAGAAAACCCCAACAGUUUUGAUCUCUGAAUUACUCUAAAUGUGCAGAGGUACAAGAAGUGAGUUUAAGUGCUGCAAAUGAUGACAAAUUGUAGAGGUAAAGCUUCAGGCAGUUAAUUCUCAUAAACAUUCUUAAACUGGAAUAGCCUUUGAAGUAAUCAAGUUACAAAUGGAGACAAAACCACACUGAUAACAAUCAAAGCAAAAAAUCCAACAAUUGUAGCACUAAAAUGAGUCAAAUCUGAUUGAAUAGAUUACAUGAAAUAUACUGAUAUAAUAUUAUUCAAAACUCCAGUUUUUCUUUAAACCACAGGAUGGAAAUAGAAGCCAUUCAGUUGGAAGAAGCCCAUGUUCAUAAUGUUUAUAAGCAAACAGCACCAUACUUCAAUGAACUCCGAAGCAAGGCGUGGCCCAGUGUCCGACAAUUUCUCCUGGACCAAAAACCAGGCAGCCUUAUUGCUGAUGUUGGUUGUGGGAUUGGAAAGUAUCUAACUGUUAACAGCCAGGUUUAUAAGUUGGGCAGUGAUUAUUGCAGUCCCUUGGUGGAGAUUGCUAAAAGACAUGGACAUGAAGUCAUGGUUUGUGAUAACCUAAUUCUCCCGUACAGGGAUCAGUGUUUUAAUGCAAUCAUCUCUAUUGGAGUGAUUCACCAUUUCUCAACAAAAGGCAGACGUAUCCGAGCAAUAAAAGAAAUGACAAGGACUUUGCACCGUGGAGGACAGAUGAUGAUUUAUGUGUGGGCAAUGGAACAAAAACACCGCCACUUUGAAAAACAGGACAUCUUUGUUCCUUGGAACCGAUCCUUGUGUUCUCGGCCGUCAUCGGAGUCCGGUCAAGGCCACAACAAACCCUUGGCUAUGAACACAGUCAAAGCACAAGAUAAAGAUCAAUUGAAAACAGCUCCAACUGAGGCCAGUGCACUGUUGCCUCUCAGGCAGGAUCAACACACCAUACUUUCAUACAGAACUGACAAUCAUACCUUGUUGGAAAGCUGCUGCUCCAGGAUGUGUGAAGAUCAAGAGCAUCGAUUUUACAAGAAUCUAGGAAAAUCCCUUCGUUCAUGGUUCUUCUCCAAAUCACUUGAUGAGGCUGCAAUGCAUACACACAUUGAUCACCUUAAAUCAAUGAGGAAAUCACCAGAGCUCGUCCACAAAUGGAGGAACAACUUACAGCCGGUGGGGAAUUUGAUGUUAUCUUCUAGGCACUGCAGUUUGGAUGGGGAUUGUCCACCAUUAAUGAAGAGACAGAGUUUUGAAGAUGAAGUAUUCACUGAAAAUCCAAAUCAUAAAGAAUCGCAGUGGUUGCAGAAUAGUUUGAAAGAGAAAAAUGGGAGCCAAAGUGAAUCCUACAGACACAAACUAAAUCCUUACCAGGCUAACAGACAGAUUUUUGAGAAAGAUGAUGAAGCAACAAGAUCCCGGGGAAGUACAAGUCCUUUUAAAAGGACUUCCACAAUAGAAUCACCAGGUUCUGUGAUUGACAAUACUAGAUCGGUAGCUUUGGAUGACAAGCAGGAGGAAUUUGCAGACGCAACAGAAUUCAUGAGAUAUUAUCAUGUCUUCAGGGAAGGAGAAUUGGCUCAGCUAAUAAACGAGAAUAUACAUGAACUUCAUAUCCUCAGUUCUUGUUAUGAUCAUGGUAAUUGGUGUAUUAUAGCAGAAAAAGAAUGAUGUGCAGAGAUUAUCAACUGACACAUAUAUCCAAUACAGAAGCUUGGGUGGCAACUCUUUAAUCCACUAAAUGUUAAUUACACAUUGCAACAAGACUGUUUGUAAUUGCUGCUAUGGCCAUGAUAAGCACAAUAUUGACUAUGUUAAACUUUGAUAAUGCUAAAAAUUUAAUUACAAGGCCCAGUUAUUUGUGCAGUUGAAUAUUACAGAUACAGUUGGAUAGUAUUUUCAGCAUAUGUUCUCAUGGGUGCUACUUGAAUUGCGGCAAAGCAUGAGUGCAGAAAGUGUUAACAAGGUAGUGGGUGUUAAAUUGACCAUUUCUAUUUUGGUUAUAGGAUACAUUUUAGGGCCAAGCAGUAAUAUGUUAUGAGGACAAUGAAACAUACCACCUCACAAGGGCCAAGACACUUUACCCAUCAACAGUAAUGUCACAAUAACCCUGGUCUCAGGAGUUGCAUUGGACUAACUUUCCCCCCAUGCAGUGAGAAUGCAACCUGAAUCUCUACACAGCACAGAUCGCUGUCCCAGUUUGUUACAUCAGAACAAAUUUGAUGGUCCGAAUGGCCUUACUUCCACUCUAAUGUCUUACGGUCUUAUCAUGAUAAAAUCAAAAUACUGCAGGUGUUGGUAAUCUAAAUAAAAACAGCAAGUGCUGGAGAUUCUCAUGAAGUCUGGCAGCAUCCAUGGAGAGAGAAAAACAGGGCAUUCUGAAGAAGAGUCAUACCAUAUUCAAAAUGUUAGCUCUAUUUCUCUCUCCACAGAUUUUCCCCAGCAUUUUCUGUUUUUAAUUGGUGUACUAUGAUGCUGCUGUCUUGUGUUUGAUAUGUUUUCGAGUAGAGGCAGCUUGCUAGUUUUGGUGACCCUCUGACUAUACUGGAGUUUGCAGGAUUGGAGGAAUGAUACUUUAGGGAUUUCGCAACAGGUGAAAAUCACUUUGGACUAUCUCUCACUUACUGCAAGCUGCCAGGAUAUGUGGCAACUUCUGCCAAGCCGAGGAUGUGCGCAAGGUACUCUUCUAGAAAGAGUAUAGGCUUUUGUCAAAGAACUUUCUUUAUCAAGUUUUAAAGAAGCUUAUUCCUGUGAGUAUGAUUGUUGAUUGUGGCAUGAAAAUCCAGUUUCAGAGCUAGCCUCCUUCUGUUCAAGGAACUAAGUUCUCCAGCAUAGCAAAUGCAGGAACCAUCAACUUGCAAUUAAUAAUAAAUCUAAUUGGCAAUUCAGUAGAAAUUUAUUCCAUAGAAUUUGUUCAGAAUGUGAAACUCACUACCGCAUUGAGUUGUUGGAUGCAUAUGAGGGGAAGUUGGAUAGAUACAUCGUGAGAGAAAAAGAGUUGAAGGUGAUAACGAUAGCAUUUGAGGAAUAUGAGUCAGUGGAAUCUCAUGUGAAAAGUAAACACAGGCAUGGAUUAGCUAAGGUGAAAGACCUCUUUCUAUGCUAUGUAAGACCAUUCAUAUUUUUUGAACAGCUAGAAAAGCUCAGCUGGUCUGGCAGCAUCUGUGAAGGAGAAAACAGAGUUAAUGUUUUGGGUCUGGUGACCCUUCCUCAGUUCUCAUGCAGCCCUAUAAUCAAAAGAAUGGUUAUUGCAAAGAAGGAAGACAAUCUGUCCACCAUGUUAUUGCUGACUCUCUGUAACAGUAAGUCAUCUACUGCCAGUCCCCUAUCUUUUACCCACAGCACUGAAAUAUUUUGAAACUCAGAUCAUGCUUCAAUUCCCUUUGAAAACUUGAUUGAAUCCAGCUGCACUUCAAUUCCACAUCCAAACCACUUGCAGUGUGAAAAAUAUUUUUGUUCAGAUCACUGCUUUUUCUUUUGUCACUCAGCAUCCUGUAGCUUCCAGUAUGCACAAAUGUGUCACCGAGAGCCUGACUGACAAUCGUAAAUUGGUUGCCAGCAUAAUUCUUAACACACUCAUGAUUAUUUAGCAAAUACUGCCCAAUGGUGGAAUCAUAUCUGAUAUUGGACACUGUGUUUUUGAGUUUUAUAAACAGAACUCUACUGGAUUAUGUCAAUAUAUUGCCUGUUGUGAACAACCAAAAGGUUAGAUUAUGUGCUAGAAUUAGCUGGCCUUUGGGAUGUUUGGCUUAUAUAUCUGGUAUGAUAUCCACACUGUCUGUUUCAGCAAUACUCAAGUUCAAUAUUCAGUUUGGUUGCAUGGCUUAAGCCCAUUGAAGCACAAUUCAUUGACAAUAAAUAACCACAGGGUGAGACUGGUCAUUAUAAGGGUUUUCUAUUUAGCUGCCAGACUGCUGACCAGUCUCAAAAGCACACAAUUCUUGGAUUUCAAUUUAGUUUUCAAAGCUCUGAUGUAUACUUUGAAUGCUAAUUUUCAUUCAAUUCUCACCACAAUGCAGACCAGAUACAUAUAGUUCUCGAGGAUUACACCAUCAAUGUUCAAACGACAGAAUUUCCUCUGGUCUCACCACACCCCCACCCCACCACUCCACAUAACACUGUGUAGAAUUCUUGUAUUACCAUAGUCAAGGAGAAAUUAAAACAUAAUACAACUUGCCUUUUAGAACUUUUUGGUAUUAUCUUCAUCAUGAUAUCAAUACAACUUAGUAACUGCAAUUCUUUCAUAAAUCCAUAUCAAUGUACACAUUGUUGGAAGAAUCUAACAUUAAGGACCAUAAAUAUUAGAUGGUCACCCUUAGUACCAAAAAGGAGUUCAGGAGAAAUGUCUCUAAACAGACAUUGUUUAACAUCUGAAAUGCACUAUGGCAGGAAGUAGCUGAAGUGAAUACAUGAAUUUGCUUAAAAGAUAACUGAUUGAAUGAAUAUAUGGGGGUUGGGCAAAAGGGAAUGGAAGGACAGAGAUAAAUGAAGAAGAAUGGGAACAGAUUGAUAUAUACUAUACAGGCAUUGACCAAAUGGGCCAUAUGGUGUGGCUUGACAAUACAAAUUCUACAUAAUUAAUUCUGCAACAAAUGUACAAAUACUGCACAAGUCACUGCAAACAAUGUUAGUGUAUAUAUAUAUAUAUAUAUAUAUAUAUUUAAAUGGUUUGCAGCUAUAUUUUAAAAAUAUGAUAUAGACUCAAAAUAUUUCUACAAUAACCCCUCUUUAACCGUUUCCAAUAUAUAGAUUUGAACAUAAAAAAGCUUUACCACAGAACAUGAUAAUAAAAUGUGAG